AAGCAGUGCGUGCAGCACUUCCUCUCACGUUAGGACUCCUUAAGUUUUUAAGCUCCUCUUGUUGCUGCAGCGGCAGGAGAACCACCUCAGAUCCGAGUAGGACAGAGAGUCAAGCUCAUCUCAGCAUCUCUCUGCACUGACAGAAGCCAGGGAAAUUCAUAUGAAGUUUGCAUCAUUUCAACAAAGUUCUUUUUAUUUUAUUGAUUCAUUUUUUUAAUUAUUUUGUUUUUUUGGCAACAAUACCUGCACUGAAAGAGAAGAAAGAGAGAGCUACACAGUAGGGAAAAACACUUGGAUUUGCCUCCUAUUUUUUUUUUUUUUUUCUUAAAUUGUUUUUCCUGCUGAUAAAACGAGGACAGUGUGAUACCUGCAGAUUCAAGGUGCCUUAUGGCAAAUUCCAAUGCGAUGCUGGAGUGACUUCAACCAAUAGAUAAACAGACUCCAGCGAACCAAAAUGAAAGACGAAUUUACUGAUGAAGAGGAGGUGCAGUCCUUCGGCUAUAAACGGUUUGGAAUUCAGGAGGGUACUGAGUGCACAAAGUGUAAAAAUGACUGGGCACUAAGGGCAGCCAUCGCUCUCCUCUAUGUGCUCUGCGCCCUGCUCACUAUAGCAGUGACUGUCCUUGGGUACAAAGUUGUCCAAAGGAUGGACAAUGUCACAGAGGGCAUGCAGAAUUAUGGAGGCCAGAUCAAUGCUGUCGAAACAGACUUAAAGAAACUAGAUGAUCAAGCAGGAGAGAAGUCCCUCAAUGCCACCAGUGAAAUCAAUACCUUCAAAUCAGAUCUGGAAGUGUUACAAAACCAACUGAAAGACAUUAGCAGUAGAGCAACAAGCAACAGAGACAUGUUAGAAGACCUGCUAGUCACAGGAGACAAUAUGCAGAAUGGCCAUGUCUCACUUCAAAGUGUCCUGGAUGGCAACGCAGACUCACUGCGUGGGAUCAAUCAAUCCUUGGCUUCCUACAGUGGAAUGAUUGACGACCUCCAGGCAGACACUGCACGACUCCAGUCUGAGCUCCAGGAGCAGGUCAAAGUGCAGAGUGAGACUCAAGUGAAUGUCAAUUCACUUAAUAUCACCCAAGGACAGCAGCGCAACUUGCUUGGCUUGCUACAGAAGACAGUUGAAGAUGUUAGUCAGGCAGUACAGAAACUGAAGAAUGACUAUCAGAUUCUGCAGCAAACAGCCAAUCAUACGCGUUCAGACUCACAGUGGCUGAAAGAAAAGGUCCAUAAUCUUCAGGUUUUGGCUACAAAUAAUUCCGCCCUGGCCAGCUCCAAUGGAGACACACUGGAUGACUUGAGAACCCAGCUUAAUGCUUUGGCCAUCCAAAUCCAGAAUACCUCAGCCAUCACAGAGAGUUAUGACCAAGGCCUGCGUGAAAUGAUGGAUCGCCAGAGAGACAAUGAUAAUGCCACCUCAUUAAAGUUUGAUGAGAUGGAAGUACGAUUGGACAAGCAUGAGAACACCAUGGACCGUGUGACAGGAAACAUGAGCUUUGCCACGCAGAUCUUGGGUGUCAUCAGUUCUGACCUGUCCGGCCUGAGAUCCUGUGCUGAGACAGUGAUGAGGCAUACGGACCUGCUAGCAGACUUGAAUGGCACCAUGGAAGAGGCCAAGACCAACAGCAAAGAUCUGCGCACACAGCAGGAUGAGCUUGCAGCCAGGUUGGACCAAGAGGUGAACAACCUGUCCAAUGUGAUGGAGGAGAUGAAGCUGAUAGACAGCAAACAUUCACAGCUUAUUACAAACUUUACCAUUCUGCAGGGUCCGCCAGGUCCAAAAGGCUCCAGAGGUGAUAAAGGUCCGCAAGGGCCGAUGGGAAUGACAGGACAGAAGGGAGAUAAAGGAGACAAAGGAAUUCCAGGCCUGGUGGGACCAAAAGGAGACCGAGGUCCUACUGGACUAGCAGGUGCGACUGGUCCAAAAGGUUCCACUGGUGCUCGGGGGCUUCCAGGACCUAAAGGGUCUAGAGGCUCUGGAGGCAGACCUGGAAAUCCUGGUGAGAAAGGUGACCCUGGAGCAAAUGGGUACCCUGGAGCCAAUGGAAAUCCUGGAUUGCCAGGGCCACAAGGGCCACAGGGACUUAAAGGAGCAGCAGGACCUCCAGGCUUAGAGGGGCCUCGUGGGUCUGUUGGCCCAAUUGGCCCUGCUGGUCCUCCAGGCCUUCCAGGCUUGCCUGGCCCUGUGUCUUCUGUCAAUAUAAAAGCAACCAGAGCCCCUCAAGUCAUCAAACCUCCCCUACCGACUUUAGCCUCAGUACCAACAGAGAAAUCAAAAGACUCUGCACAGGAACAGCCCCCAGCUGCUGUUUCCACCCCAACACCUGGUUGUCCUCCAAAGUUCAGAAAGUUUGGGGACAGCUGCUACUACUUUUCUUCUGGUUCCCAGAGACUCAACUUUAAUGAAGCAAACAAGUUCUGUAAAAACAUAACAUCUCAUAUGCUCAUAAUCAAUGACAAUGAAGAACAGCAAUUCAUAAGAAAUGCCAUUUCAAAGGACUAUUUCUGGUUGGGUCUUACUGACAAGGAAGAAGAAAAUGUCUGGAAGUGGGUGGAUGGAACCAUACCGAUUUUUACAAACUGGAAACCUGGUCAGCCCGAUAACUGGACUCACGGUCAUGCAAAUGGAGAGGAUUGUGCGGGUCUUAUCCGUAAUGCUAACUGGAAUGAUUUCUACUGCACAGACCGCAUUGGGUUCAUAUGUGAACGUUCAUCCGAGUUGGUGGUUCCAGUUUUAUAGCAUCCAUCUACUACUUCCUCCAUGCAUGAAGCUGGGGCUGAGGGUGCAGCAAAAACAUCAUGUGAAGGAAGGAGCUCAACAAAACGACUGAAAGACUGAAAGAUAAAGCCGGCUCAGUCAGGCAUCAUGGAGACUAGAGAAGAAAAUUCUAAAUAAUUACUUUUAGUGCCUGUUGUUUCUUCAAGGCACUUUAAAACAAAUUGUGGAACCCAAGAAGGAGCAAAGAUAUUCCACUACAAUACCAACUGAGAUUUGGAGCAGAAGUAUCAUGAGAUUGUAGUUAUGUCUUUAAGCUGUAACAAAUUAGGAUUUGGUGCAGCCAGUUCUAUUCAUGUAUAUCUGUAAAUAGUAUUCUAUAAAAUUUGGUACUGUUUGAUAUUUGGCAUUACUAUGCUUAACACUUUUGCAGAUUUUAUACUUGGAAAUCUUUAAUACAAAAAAGGUUUUUUUGUCAUAUUUUGGAGAGUGAAAAGGUGAAAACUGUUUUUAUUUUGUAAUAUUUCAUAGAUUCUGAGCUUUUUAUAAGAUGCUGUACCUUAUAAAAUCUUGCAGUGCAAAGCACUCACAUUUACUCACUAAACCAAUCCAAUAUUGUAUGGGAAAAUAAGUAAAAUGCAAGUAAAUGUCACUGUUCAUAAACUACUAGGUUCCAAUCAUAAAUAUUAUUAUGAGCACAGAGCAGUUUUGCUGUUUUAGGGUUGACAUUACUUAGAAUCUUACCUGUCAGCGAUUUCAUAGCUCUUAAAACAUGUAAAUUCAGUUUAGACCAGUAUAAAGAGAGUUAUCCAAUAUGCCAAAUACAGUAUGGAAACAAAUGUUUGCAAUGCCACUCACUGAUGUUAAAGGUAUCUUUACUGUACCAUGUAUUACUUAUUAAGUUGUGGUUUGUAAUCUGUUUUGAUGCUUGAUGGUCCCUCUUUUAAUUCACCAAGCUAAUAAUGAUCAACCAAGACACUUAAGGCAAUAAAACAAUAAAGAUG